GGGGGCAGGGCUGGGCUAGCAGGGGCUGCGGGCCAGGAGUGAGGGGCACCAACCCCCCAUCCCCUCAGGGCCCCACACGGACACUGUCCCUGUGCGAGUGUCUCUGGGGAGCGGCCUGACGUGCGGGUUGUCCCCGGGCUCGACCCCGGCUCCCAGCCCUGCCCGGCUGGCACCGGGCGACCCUGCCCGUGUCCUUUCUGCCGCUCUCUCUUCCCGCCACCCUUGCUCGGUCGCCCAUCCCUGUGCGCUGGCGCCCGCCGUCCGUCGUGUCUCCUCCAUCGCCUCGUUCCGUCUCCUUCCCUCGCCUGCUCCUCGGCUUCCCCCUCACUCCCUCUCCCAGGUCUCUCCUUCCCGCAGCCGCCCCCUUUCCUCCCUGACGCCUUCCUUCCUUCCCGCCUUCUCCCUCCCUCGUUCUUCCAUUCAGCCCCUCGUCCCCCCAGCGGGGCCCCCGCUCGCUGGGUUAUUCCUUCACUCGCUCGCUGCCACGUUCCUUCCUUCUCCCCCCUUUCAUUCCCCGGCCCAGCGGCUCUUCCGGCCUCCCCGGCUUCCUGAACUCGCCUCUUCCUUUCUAUCCUCUCUCCAUCCAUUUGUCUUUGGUUUUUUCUUUCUUUCCUCCAUUUUUAUCCUGUUUUUCUUUCUAUCCUUGAAUUUCCCUUUUACGUUCUUUCUUCUCUCCAUUUUCUUUCCUUUUCCCUUUUCUUGUAUUCGUUCUUUCUUCUGGUGUCUUUGUUUGUUUCCUCCCCCGGUGUCCCCGCACACGCCCCCGUCACACCCCUCGGUCCCCGUCAGGGUGACCCGGGAGGAAGGCUCUGGCGUCCUGCUCACAUCACAGCUGGGUUGGGACGGGGUGACUCACGGGCAGGAAUUCCCGCCCCAGCCCCGAGGCCGGUGCCAUAUAAACCCCGAAGCCGUCCCGCUCCGAACAGACGUCUCCCAAUCCUGGCACCCAGCCGCACGUCCCAGGGGCCACCAUGGUGAAGUUCGGGGCAGGCCCCAGGCCUGUGGAUCCUGCCCGUGGCUCCGGCUUGCUCUGCUCGGCUUGCGGCUUCCUGCUCAUCCGGCCCCGGCAGACAGAGUGUGGCCACCGGUACUGUGCCGCCUGCGUGCAGCGACUGCUGGGGGACACAGACAAGGUGACCUGCUGCGUUUGUAGCAAGAGGCUGAGCCCCAACCAGUUUUACAAGGACCGAGCAGCCGAGAAAGACGCUCUCAGCACGGCCGUGACCUGCCCCAGAGCCAGCUGCAGCUGGACGGGGACCCUGGCGUCCUACCUGGAGCACCUCUGCCCCCCAGCGGCGAGUCCCGGCCCGGAGGAGAAGUCAGCUCCCAAGGACCCGGAGGCCCACGCGAUGGACGCCCCGGCCCUGGAUCUCCAGCGGCGGAUCCAGCAGCUGGAGGUUAUCGUGACGUCCCUGCGCUGGGAGCUCCAGAGCCAGGCCGGCGCCAUGGAAGUUCUGCGGCGCCGGUGCCUCCAGGACCAGCCGUCCCCGGGGGUCUCCGUGGAGCCGCCCGGCUGCUCCCACGGGGCUCGGGGAGCCGUGGCGACGUCCCCGGAGCUGGCCAGCGCCGACGGGACCCUGGUCUGGAAGCUCCAAGGGUUCUCCAAGCUGCUGGGGGACGCCAAGGCCGGGCGGGGAGCGUCCAUCUACUCCUCGGUCUUCGCCACCCACCCCUUCGGCUACCGGCUCUGCCUCCGGCUCUACCCCGACGGGGACGGGGACGGCCAGGGCACCCACCUCUCGCUGUUUGUGGCCCUGGCCAGGGGGCCCUACGACGAUCUCCUGCCAUGGCCUUUCCUCCGCCAGGUCACCCUGUACCUCCUGGAUCCCUGGCGGCAGAGGCCGGCCCUGCGGGAGACGUUCGCCCCCGACCCCUGCAGCACGUCCUUCCAGCAGCCCCGGGGCCGGCUCAACGUGGCUAGCGGGAGCCCCCGCUUCGCCCCCCACGCACAGCUCCAAAACUACCUCAAAGACGACACCCUCUACGUCAAGGUGGUGGUGGACACGUCCGGGAUGGAGCUGUGAGCUUUGGGGCGGGGGGUUCCUCUGCCCCCAUAGCCUCCUGACUCUUCCUAGUCCUCCCUCAGCAAGCUCCGACCCCCAAUGCUGCCCCCUGCCACCCUCCAGCUCGCCCGCCAAAGCCUGAGAAACAGCCUGUCUUGAGCGCUAGCCGCUCGGAAACCUUCCAGCUGCCAAAGGGUUGGUGUGGUGGGAGUUACCCUUGCGGCUCAGCGCACUACACGCUUGUUGGGCUUUCAAAGCUAAGCAGGGGGGAGCCUGUUCUGAGACCGGAUGGGUGACCUGAGAUCCCCCUGCUCAACAGGGCCCUGGCUGUCUGGGGGCUUGGAGGGAGAUGGGGGGUUGAGCGCGGGGGGGAGACAGACCCCCUGAUGCUCAGCAGGGCCUGGCUUGUUUGUGCAGGCGGAUGGGAGACUAAUUUGCCGGCCACCAGGUUGUCUUGCUUCUCUGGCCGUUGAUAAUUUAUGAUCGUUAAUAACGCCCGGUGCUGCGGGACGGCGGCGCUCGUGGGUUUAUCUGAGCAGUGAAUUGUCUAUUUAUCUAUUUAUGUAUUUAUUGGCCGGGUGCUGGUGCCCGGGGCCGAGCCGUUCCCCCGGGGGAAGGAGGAGUGUGUGUGUGUGUGUGUGUGUGUGUGAAGCACAGUUAACCCGGCCCCUGUGCACAGUCACGUCCUAGGACACGUCCGGCUGCCCCACCCCGUAUUUAUCGCCAGCGUGUGGUUUAUUUAUUGUGUGAUAUUGUAAUAAAAAUCUCUGUGCA